CAAAGCUUGGUCAAAUAACAAAGGCUCCGAUUGUGGUUCGAAAAUAGUAUAACCCAAAUCCAUCCCCCUCUCAUCCUCUCCCUUGCCUUCCCUUCCCUUCCCUCUUUAAAAACUCCACGGCUGAGCUUUAUUCCUUUCACUUCCCAUCCUUCACAAUGGAAAAGGAGAAGUCACCUCCUGUAGAUGACAAAAGUCCCAAAAGUGAAGGUUCUUCUGUUGAGACAGGAUCAGGACAAAGAAGGGCUUCUUCUGUGCCAGAAACAAUGUUUCCUGCAAAUCCCUUCGACUUCUCUGCUAUGUCUGGACUACUCAAUGAUCCUAGCAUAAAGGAUUUAGCAGAACAGAUAGCAAAAGAUCCUGCAUUUAACCAGAUGGCCGAGCAGCUCCAAAAGAGUGUUCAGGGUGCAGGCCAGGAUGGUAUCCCUCAGUUGGAUACGCAGCAAUAUUUCUCUACCAUGCAACAGGUCAUGCAAAAUCCACAGUUCAUGACCAUGGCUGAGCGCCUUGGUAAUGUUCUCAUGCAGGAUCCUUCCAUGUCCAGCAUGCUGGAGAAUUUGGCUAAUCCAUCUCACAAAGAACAACUUGAAGAACGAAUGGCACGCAUCAAGGAAGAUCCGUCUCUGAAGCCUAUUCUAGAUGAUAUUGAGACUGGAGGCCCAGCUGCAAUGAUGAGGUACUGGAAUGAUCCUGACGUUCUACAAAAGUUGGGUCAAGCUAUGGGUCUUGGAGCUUCAGGAGAGGCAGCAACCUCAACUGAACUUUCUGGACCUGAUGAAGCAGAAGAAGAAGCUGCAUACGAGGAUGAAUCUGUAGUUCAUCACACUGCUAGUGUUGGUGAUGUGGAGGGUUUAAAAAGUGCCUUGGCUGCUGGGGCAGACAAAGAUGAAGCAGAUUCAGAAGGAAGGACGGCUCUGCAUUUUGCUUGUGGCUAUGGGGAGGUGAAGUGUGCUCAAAUGCUCCUUGAGGCUGGAGCAGCAGUGGAUGCAUUGGACAAGAACAAAAACACGGCUCUUCAUUAUGCUUCUGGUUACGGCAGGAAGGAGUGUGUGGCUCUUUUGUUGAAGAAUGGUGCUGCAGUUACACUUCAAAAUAUGGAUGGAAAGACGCCCAUUGAUGUUGCAAAGCUGAAUAACCAGCAAGAUGUAUUGAAGCUGCUCGAGAAGGAUGCAUUCCUAUAACUUGUGCAGGUUUGAUGGGUCUGUGGGCCUAAGCUGAAUGGAUGGAAUUCUCUUAGACGGCACCUUGUUGUCACAUUAUGUGUUGUUUCUGGUGUUCAUUUCUUUUUAUUUGUGCUACAUUUGGUAGACAUUGGGGUUUUAUUAGCUCCGCUUGCAUAAAGUGUCCUGUUUCAAGGUAGAA